AUGGACCAAGACGCUCAUCUGCCGCACGACUCGCUGGGACCGCGGGCUCUAGCUAUCGUCACGCCCUUUCUUAUCAUUGCCAUUAUCGUCUUCUCAGUGCAGAUCUACACUCGCGUAACCCCAGUAUAUAAACUAGAUGCCUCGGACUACACCAUCUCAGUCGCCAUCCUUAUCGAAGUCAUCGUCUACUCGCUCUUCAUAGCAAGUGUUACUUCCGGGUUAGGCCGCCACAGCUACGAUAUAUCUCCGGAGCAGGGCGUUAAGACCCUUCGAUAUGUUUAUGUGGUUAUCUUACUAUCAACUUUAGUGCCUGCCCUCGCCAGGAUCUCGCACGUAAUCAUCUGGUUAAUAAUUGGUAUUCAAGCUGCCUGCAUUAUCGGCACUAAAACCUUCCAGCUUAUCCAUAUACAGCAGAUUUGGAUAUAUGGCUACGCGGCUAUAGAUAUAUACAUUGAACUUUACUUCUCUAGAAAAGUUCUGGACUCUAAUACUAAUAUACUUUUGGCUUUAAAUAGAAGAGGCUAUUCUAAUAAUAGCUUCUUCCGCGCCGAUACUCAAGUCCCUAGUUGA